GAGGGGCGGGGCAAUAAUCCCGUGGUCCGGGGCUCCUUUCUCUGGAUGCCUCUCUUUGGCUAGCUAGGCGCCAUCUUGUUCUUGCCGCGUGUUGCCUUUGGAGGGCUCGUCGGACUUAGAUGAUACAUGAGGCAGAGCUGGUCAGAUAAAGAUGUAGAGUUAUAUGCAGACUGAGAUGGCUGAGCUCUCACUGACUCCCAUUGAAUUCUGUGAUACAAGGAUAAAGCAAGAUGAAUCAAGAAAAACUGGCCAAACUUCAGGCUCAGGUCCGAAUAGGUGGAAAGGGUACAGCUCGUAGAAAGAAGAAGGUAGUUCAUAGAACAGCAACAGCAGAUGACAAAAAACUUCAAAGUUCCCUCAAAAAGUUGGCAGUAAACAAUAUCGCUGGAAUUGAAGAGGUGAAUAUGAUAAAAGAUGAUGGAACAGUUAUUCAUUUCAACAACCCCAAGGUCCAGGCUUCGCUCUCUGCAAACACAUUUGCAAUUACUGGUCAUGCUGAAGCCAAACCAAUCACAGAAAUGCUGCCUGGCAUCUUAAGCCAACUGGGUGCUGAUAGCUUAACAAGCCUCAGAAAGUUAGCCGAACAGUUCCCAAGGCAAGUGUUGGAUAGUAAAGUACCAAAAUCAGAAGAUAUCGAUGAAGAAGAUGAUGACGUUCCUGAUCUUGUAGAAAACUUCGAUGAAGCAUCAAAAAAUGAAGCUAAUUAAUUCUGUAAUAGUUCUGGAAAUUGACAUGGACUAGAUUUAAGAAACCAGCUGUGUGGUUCCAAAGUUUUACAAAAACAGCAAACAUUACUCGUUUAAUAGUACAAUAAUAUAAAAUACUUUGUAUUUUAAUUAUGCUGUUUGUUCAGCAUUUUUUGUCAGUUGAUUUAUGCAUUUUGCACUUACACUCAGACUCAACCUUUUUUGGUAAAAAAAAGUGUGGGGGGGCAAUUUUCAGUACAGAUUAAAGGAGAUGUGCACAUGUGUGGGUAUAUGUAUGUGGCUUUACGUACAGUGGAAGGGAAAUUGGAGAAUAGUUCUAUUGACUUCCCCCUCUCCCUCUAAAGAUGAAAUAAAAGAAGUCUUUAACUUGGUUAAAGUAAUUUUUUCUUAUUCCAAUCAAAUAGUUCACACAAACUAGUGAAAACUGAGUCUUUCUUGUCCACAUUUCAUGAACUCUGGAUAUUGCUUACAAAUUGGAUUUAAUUUUCUGUGCUAAUUAUUGUAUUUGCAAAUGUUUUUUCUUUUCCAUAUUGACAGUGUUUAUCAGCAGCUUCUCUUUGGCCUCCUUUUGAUUUCAAAUUGUACCAAAGACAGGAUAUUAACAAGCCUGUUUGUUGCAACAUUUAGAAAAAUAUAUACUUACAGAAAUUGCUUUUUUCCUCCUUAAAGCUCUUUGCUCUUAUCCACCAUUAAUAUUGAACUUAAGUUUCAUUCACAUACUAGGGAUAACCCACUUUGUCUUGGUUAAAAGCACUACCAUGUGAAGUCCUGCCUGUUUGACCUGAGUGAGUGCCAGCCUUCACCUAUGUCAUGACUUUCUUAACCUCUGUAAGAAGCCACCAUCCUGCUUGUACAUCUUUGCUAAGAAAAGGCCAUAAUAGUUGUGACUGAUAAACAAUGGCAGUUAAGUUUCUUCUAGUUGAAAAACAAGUGCAUGUUAAAGCAUAGUGCUGGAUUCUACUACCUUGUCGAAUGGAAUAUGUUGGCAGAAAGUGCUGACAUUGUAGAUUUUUCCAGCAGUUCUUUCUGUCCUAGGGAAAGAUUUUCUAGGAUGAUAGGACAUACAUGGAUAAGCAUGGCAGGGGGCUGCAGUGUGAAGAGGUAGAAUCACACUUUCUGCUUCUGUUAGGUGAGAGGGUAACUUCACCCCUUCUCCUGAAGGUAUCUUCCUAGGCUGCAUGGCUAUUAGAUCAUAUGAGUCCCACUACUCCAGAUAUAAACUUAGUAUCAGAAAUGCUUGGUGGCAGGGAGCAAGGGAAAGAUAAGUGAUUCUUAGUAUAAUUAACUACAACAUGUCAAGUUGAGCCCUCUUCAAAGUUCUGAAUGCUGGUUUACUCUUUUUAAAAAUCUCAGCUCAGCAGAGGAGUUUGUUGUCCUCUUGACCUAUAGACAUAUUUUCCAGUAGUAUUUCAUUUUAACAGGAGAGUAGCACACUCAAGUUUGCUCAGAUGUUCCCUAUGAACUAGUGUAUCAUGCAUAGUUGCAUCACAUUGUUAAAAAAAACAAUAAAUCGAGGGUGUUAAUGCAACUCCUAAGAGCAGGUCAGCUGCUGGCUUUAUUCCAGGAUACCAGGAUGUGGAACAGUAAUUUGGGCAAUACAGAAUGAACAAGGAAAAGGUCACUGGUUGUAUUUGUACAAGCUACCAUAAGAGGCUUACAGUGUAGCCCUUUUCAGCCUUAAACAUAGAAGCCCUCAUCUUGUAUACAGAGGUUACUGAUAGUAUCACAAGGUCUAGUGCAGUAUUUUCAGAACCUUCCUUCAAAAUGCUCAAUGUGAAGCUCUUUGCAGAGAUUCUUCAAUGAUGCUUGAUGUUGAGCAUCAUUGCAAACUUUGUCAAGGGCAAUUAUAACUUGGGAAAGCCAUCUUUCUUUACAGGUUACUUUGGCUUUCUUCUGAAACAUAUCCACUUUCUGUGUAGAUAUGUUCACCCAUUGACUAAAUGUGAGGCUAUCAGUAUGUUUCAUUCUAGUGAUCAAUCUGAACCACAAAAAGCAGAGCUUGUAGUGGUUUGUCAUCAGAACUUUUUGCUUGAUUUUAUAGACUUGUUCGGUUUUCUUGUUCUGUUUUAUAUAAUUCAUGGAUCUUAAUAAAAUAAUGCAAAAGAGGCAA